GACGACGAAUACGACAAAUCAGAGAUAAUUUGGACAUACUAACUGGUAUCCUCCGGCACGACCGAAGAUGGCGGACGUUGCCCGCGCGACGCCGCAGCCUCCGCCGCCUCUGGACGACGACACGUCCAUCGCCGUGGCCCAACCGACUCGAAUGCGCGCGCGGACGGCGCUCGAUUAUCGUGGUAUGCAUCGCGGCACCUUUUCAUCCCAGGCAAGAGCCGUUCGAGGCCCCACCGAAAAUGUUAAAAAGGCUCCGGCGUCGCAGCUGGACUUGAUCCUGCAAGCCAUUUCGCAGAUGCCGACCACCGGUCAGAUCACCACCAUCGGGGAGGAAGUGAAGAAUGUCGUGCGCGAAGAGGUGAAAAAUGUCGUGCGUGAAGAGGUGAGAAGCAUCGUCCAGGAAGAGGUACAGACUAUCGUUCAGGAACAGGUGAGCGUAAUUGUGCAAGAGCAGGUAAGCGUGAUUGUUCAAGAACAGGUGAGAGGAAUCCUCCAAGAACAGGUGAGCGCAAUCGUACAGCAAGAGUUGGCCAGCUUGCAACUCUCCAGCCCGAGCCCAUCGUACGCGGAUGUCGCGCGGACACCGCCAGGAAGCCUCCCGAGCAACAUUCGAACCGUGUCGAUGAACACGACGCCAUCGACCAUGACUGACACUCUCUACUGCACCGUGGACAUGACGGAUGUGGAGAGCGUGGACAAGGACAAAGCCAACCCUGGCACAGUUCGACAGGAGAUUGAGAAAAAGAUGCGUGUAGUGGAAGGAGCCGACAGCUGGCGAUGCAUUGCUGUCACGAGAGACCCGCGGCACACUGUACGAGUGCGCAUCACCUGUCGUGACGAGAGCGAGCUUGCACGUGUGAAGGAGGCUGCAGAGAAGACCAAGGCCGCUGGAGCACGGAUCCUGCGUGACCAGCUUUACCUAGUAAAGGUGGACAAUGCGAACCGGACGGCGAUGUUGGAGGAGAACGGUCAACUUCGAGCAGGAGUGGUAGAGAUGUUGGAGAAGGAGAACGAAGUGAAGAUUGCCAAGGUGUCGUAGCUUAGCCGGAAGGAUUCCGACAAGGCGUACGGGUCGAUGGCGGUGUAUGUGACGAAGGGAAGUGAUGCGGUGCGUCUUUUGCAAGGCCAGUACUUCCAUGUAGCGGACAAGUCGGCGUACACGCGAGUGUUUGAGCCUCGUCGCGGUCCCAUUCAGUGCUACAACUGCUAGGAGAUCUGCCACAAGGCAUACUCGUGCUCCAAAACGCGGAUGUGCGGCCGAUGCGCGCAGCCCGCACACCGUCAUAGCGAAUGCCAAGCCGAGGUACCCAAGUGUGUUCCGUGUGGCGGACCGCACGAGUCGUGGAGUCGUCACUGUCGG